CCAAGACCAGCCAAUCGCAUGUGCCUGAUUUCACCAGCGGCUUUUCCUGGCCUCUUUCGUGGCUGGCCGACGGAAUCCUCUCCCGCAGGCUAAUACUUAAGUGCCGCCGAGAACGGCGGCCUUGGCUCGUACCUCACCUUUCCUCUACUCUCCCUACCUCUCUACUCCCCUACCCGCCUCUCUUUCUCCCCCUCCCCCCUCUCUCCCUACCUGACACUCCUCUGCGUGAAGAUGCAGCUCCUCUCGCUCCUCUCCCUCGCCUCGCUGCCCCUGCUGGCCGCGGCGUCGCCCCUCGACAAGCGCCGCAUCACCAGCCAGCCCUUUAUCGCGCCUGGCCCCGGCCCCGACAAGCCUUCGCCCAACUAUGCCGGCGCAAACAAUGGCACUCUGCCGCCCUCGUUCACCGUCCCUGGCCGCUCGUUCGACCGCAUCAUCCAGAUCUGGAUGGAGAACACCAACUUUGCCGACGCCCGUGCUCAGGACAUCAUCCGCAACCUUGAGCCCCAGGGCCUGCUGCUGACAAACUACCACGCUGUCGGCCACCCCUCGGAGCCCAACUACAUGGCAUCUGUCUACGGCAGCACGUUUGGCAUGGGCGACGAUGCCUACUACUGGGUGCCCUCCAACGUGACGAGCCUGUUUGACGUCAUGGACCUCAACCUGAUCUCCUGGGCUUGCUACCAGGAAAACAUGCCUACCGACGGCUUCCAAGACCUGAGCUACACGCAGAAGAGCUACGUGGAUCCGAAUUUCACGUACCAAUAUUACAUGCGCAAACAUAAUCCGUGCACGUUCCCGCGCGCCAACGCGCCCUACGUCAACAAAUCCAAGGCGCAACGCAAUCGCAACUUCAACGAUUUUGCGGCUGAUCUGAAUGCUGGAAGACUCCCCCAAUGGUCCUUUGUGACCCCCAAUAUGAUUAACGAUGCCCACGACACUGGAAUCAAUUACGGUGCCGAGUUUUUGCAGUACUGGCUUGUGCCCCUGCUCGCCAACAAGAACUUCAACACCGACCGGACGCUCAUCGUGCUGACGUUUGACGAAAACGAAGACUACACAAAGGAAAACAUUGUCUACACGCUCCUCCUCGGCAACGGCGUGCCCAAGCAGCUGCGCGGUACCAACGACACCACGUUCUACUCGCACUACUCGACCAUCAGCACCGUCCAGGCCAACUGGCGCCUCGCCUCGCUGGGCCGAAACGACACCGAGCCAAUCAUGAACAAUGUGUUUGACUGGGUCGCCCGCGAGACGGGCUUCAAGAACACGCCCUUCCCCGCGGGCCAGGCCCAGCCCUACCUCAACGGUGUCGGUGCUGCGUGCGGACCGCUGCAGAGCAAAAAGUGGCACCAGUUCAACGCGCCACCCAACGUGGGCACCAUCGGCGCGGGCGGCCGGCCAGCGCAUGUCAAGCCCACGCUGAACCUGCUCCAGAAGGACGACGGAACGUGCAUCAACAACCCCGCCAACCCCUACACGAGCCAGACCUUCGAGGAGCACUUCCAGGAGCUCGUCCUUCCCUGAAUGCUGCCUCCUUCUUCCCACUGACCUGCGCGCUCAGAUCUCCGCCGGGAAGACUGGCUUUAAUUAAAGCUCAACGUGUUCCUAGCCUACUGUGCCUAGCUUCUCUUUUUUUUUUUUUUGAAAUUCCAAAGUCCGUCUAGCGCGUC